CGGCGGAGCUCAGCGGCGGCCGGGAACGCGGGCUGCUCUUGAGGCAGAGGGGCAAAGGGACAUGUUCCCGCGGCUACUACGCCUUCGGCAACGGCCAGAUCUGCCUUUGAAGAAGAAAUAGAAGAGAUUCCUUCACCUUUGUUUGAAGAGCAUGCAAAAUCAGCACAAUAUGGCACAGCAUAGCAUUGCUGUGGGAUUAUUCAUAAUAACUUUCUUAUCCUUGCUGGAUGACAGUUCAGCUUUCCUAUUAAAUCAGCGUCUGAAGGGAAGAUUUCAAAGGGACCGCAGGAAUAUCCGUCCAAAUGUCAUUCUUGUGCUUACUGAUGAUCAGGAUGUAGAACUUGGUUCAAUGCAGGUGAUGAAUAAGACAAGGCGGAUCAUGGAACAGGGAGGCGCUCACUUCAUCAAUGCCUUUGUGACAACACCUAUGUGCUGCCCAUCCCGUUCCUCUAUUCUCACAGGGAAAUACGUCCACAAUCACAACACCUACACCAACAAUGAAAACUGCUCUUCUCCAUCCUGGCAGGCCCAGCAUGAAAUCCGCACAUUUGCCGUGUACCUCAAUAACACAGGUUAUAGGACAGCUUUCUUUGGGAAGUACCUAAACGAAUAUAAUGGUUCCUAUGUGCCUCCUGGCUGGAAAGAAUGGGUUGGAUUACUUAAGAACUCUCGUUUUUACAACUACACGCUCUGUAGAAAUGGAGUGAAGGAAAAGCAUGGAUUUGACUACUCUAGGGAUUAUCUGACUGACUUAAUCACCAAUGACAGUAUUAGCUUCUUCCGAAUCUCAAAGAAGAUGUAUCCUCACCGUCCAGUAUUAAUGGUUCUCAGCCAUGCAGCCCCUCAUGGCCCUGAAGACUCAGCUCCUCAGUAUUCUCAUCUCUUCCCCAAUGCUUCUCAACACAUCACACCCAGCUACAAUUAUGCUCCAAACCCAGACAAACAUUGGAUAAUGAGAUAUACAGGCCCCAUGAAGCCUAUUCACAUGGAAUUCACCAAUAUGCUACAGCAGAAGCGCCUUCAGACACUCAUGUCUGUGGAUGACUCUAUGGAGGCGAUUUACAAUAUGUUGGUUGAAACAGGUGAACUGGAGAAUACAUAUGUAAUAUAUACAGCAGACCACGGCUAUCAUAUUGGGCAAUUUGGGCUGGUGAAAGGAAAAUCCAUGCCAUACGAAUUCGACAUCAGAGUCCCUUUCUAUAUACGUGGGCCAAAUGUGGAGGCUGGAUCCUUGAAUCCUCACAUUGUAUUGAACAUCGAUCUUGCUCCUACAAUUCUAGAUAUUGCUGGCUUGGACAUUCCACUUGAUAUGGAUGGGAAAUCUAUUCUAAAACUGCUGGAUUCUGAAAGACCGGUCAAUAGGUUCCAUUUGAAAAAGAAAAUGAAGGUCUGGAGGGACUCAUUUCUGGUGGAGAGAGGUAAACUGUUGCACAAGAGAGAGAAUGAAAAAAUGGAUGCUCAAGAAGAAAAUUUCCUGCCCAAAUACCAACGGGUAAAAGAUCUCUGCCAGCGAGCUGAGUAUCAGACUGCUUGUGAACAGCUUGGGCAGAAGUGGCAGUGUACAGAAGAUGCCAGUGGGAAACUGAAGCUGCACAAAUGCAAAGGAAUGGCCAGCCUCACUGCUCCAGGCAGCAGCAAAGCGAUCUCCAACCUCCUGCCCAAGUACUACAGCGGGAACAGCGAGGACUGUAACUGCGAGGAGAAUGAAUACAAGCUGAGCCCCAUUGGACGGCGAAAGAAGCUCUUCUCUAAGAAGAAAUAUAAGGCAAGCUAUAUUCGGAGUCGCUCAAUUCGCUCGGUGUCUGUUGAGCUGGAUGGAGAGGUGUAUAACUUGGACUUGGAGGAUGGCUAUCAACCCGUUUUACCCAGGAAUACCACAAAUAAGCACAAAUAUGGUAAAGGUGCGGAAGGAGGAGGAGACAACGACGAUGAUGAUCAGGAUGCGGGGGAGUACAGUGGUACCGGAAGCGUAUUAGAGAAUCCAGCUCCUAACUUAAUAAAAGUGACACACAGGUGCUAUAUCUUGGAGAAUGACACUGUUCAGUGCGACACUGACCUGUACAAGUCACUGCAAGCUUGGAAGGACCAUAAACUUCAUAUAGACCAUGAGAUUGAGACUCUACAAAAUAAAAUUAAAAACCUGAGAGAGGUGAGAGGUCAUCUAAAGAAGAAGCGACCAGAGGAAUGUGAUUGUAACAAGAUAAGCUUCCAUAGUAAGCACAAAGGCAAACUGAGGCACAAAGGAUCUGGCCUCCAUCCUUUCAAGAAAGCCCUGCAAGAGAAGGACAAGUUGUGGCUUCUCCGAGAACAAAGGAGAAAGAAGAAGCUGCGGAAGCUACUUAAGAGGAUCAAAAACAACGACACGUGUAGCAUGCCGGGCCUGACUUGCUUCACGCAUGACAACCAGCACUGGCAGACCGCCCCCCUGUGGACACUGGGCCCUUUCUGUGCCUGUACCAGUGCAAAUAACAACACAUACUGGUGUAUGAGGACAAUCAACGAGACACACAACUUCCUGUUCUGUGAAUUUGCUACCGGGUUCCUUGAAUAUUUUGACCUCAAUACAGACCCCUAUCAGUUAAUUAAUGCAGUGAACACACUAGACAGAGAUGUUCUCAACCAACUACAUGUACAGCUCAUGGAGUUGAGAAGCUGUAAAGGGUAUAAGCAGUGCAACCCAAGGACUCGGAACAUGGAACUCGGCCUUAAAGAUGGAAGCUAUGAACAAUACAGGCAAUUUCAGCGUCGAAAAUGGCCAGAAAUGAAGAGACCUUCGUCUUCCAAGUCACUAGGACAACUUUGGGAAGGCUGGGAGGGCUAAUUUCCUGCACCUGCUGGACCUCAACGAGGAUAUAAACUGGCCAGAACUUGAAUCCUUGUACAGACUUCAUGAAAGUGUGUAUGAUUUCAGACCGAAAUAUGUUAUCCUGGAGGACUGGAUGAACUUUGAUGCUAAGGUAGAUAGGGUGUUUGCACUGUUAUGCAAUCCAAAUAGAAACAUUGAUCUUCUGGGGACUGCUGUCAUCAAAAACAUAUAUCCCUUCUUGAAACCCACCGGAUCUCCUGUUCUUGCUUUGGAUUAUACCUCACUUGAUUCACAAGCUAUUUUACUCCCACCAGUCACCACAGAUACUGUUUGAAGAGAUGGCAGCAGAGAGAAAAAGGGUGAUGACUCAUCAAGACACUUAGAACCCUAAAGGGCAAAAGCACACAAAAACACAUUUUAAAGGAAGCCAUUUUAAAGCCACCUCUGCAAUUUCAUGUCCAACUUCAAAUGGUAUUAGAAAGACAGACAUAUGAAGAUGCAAAUCUGAAUAUUUUUUGCUUGUGGCUUGCUCAAGUCAAAAUUAGACACUGGUAGCAAGCAGCUAUUAAGCGAUUCCAGGAUUUCAAGAGGAUAUUACUGAACAGUUGCACAGAUUCAGCAUUGUAACAAUUUUUUGGUGUUUGUCUACCACAGAAACCAAUUUAGUUCACAGUUUAUACAUCUACCUUGAGACGUACAAGAAACAGAAUAUAAAUCUUCACUCAGAGAAACCAGCUUUCCAGCAUGGUAACUGUAAAUAUUUAGUGUCCUGUUUCAAAAGAAAUCAAGUCCAGAUGAAUUUUGUUACUAAAGUGUUGGCAUGCCCCAAUACCAUUUCUGAAAAUGUCACCUCAUUGCAUAAUAAAACUUCAGAAGUUAUCCAUUUUUAAAAGUACUGCAAAAUUAAAAGCAGUUUAUGUAUGUCUUGAAUUUUAACAAAGUUGGAUUUGUAUUAAGUCUUUGUGGUUAUAUUGUAUGUUCAAAAACCAAAAUUACUACUAUAAAAGAAAGCACUUGUUUACUUUUA